GUAGUCAGCCAAUGGCUCCACCGCUCUCCUCGGGGGCCCCGUGUGUGUGUGUGUGUAUGUGUGUGUGCGCGUAUGUGUGAGGAAGAGAGGGGGGAGAAAAAAAGAAAAAGAGAGAAACGGAGAAAGAAAGGGAUCUGGGCUGCAGUUUGGUUUAGAUCUGAGUAGAGAAGCAGGAGCGCGACACAGCCUCGGAUUGAUCCUCUACAUGUAGUUUCGGCUCGCAUGGAUAUUUUUGCUGGGAUUGUUAAAAGAAGUGCACAGACAUCUCAAGAAGACGACAAGGAUCCUGACUUCUAGUGCAUUUUCUUGGGAUUAAAUCUCCUCGAAGUACCUCAUGCUCUACGUGCCGGUGUAGAAAGUAGAUCUGAGGUUGUUAAAAGUCCUAAACUGUUUGAGGCUGCGGGUUGCCGUCUUGGGUUGAAGGCUACUGGCUGUGGAUUAUGUUACUAAGUGUAUUAUGUUAUGUUAUUAUGUAUUCUGUUUUUUUUAUUCGUUCGUAACAAGCAUAUAAACAGUCCAUUCCGCUGCGAUCCUGGAUAGCAAGUCGCAGUUUCACCCGCUUGGUUAUUUACAGUAUAAUCGGCUAAAUGAAUGCAUUUUGAUCGGGACGCUGCAGUGCAUUUAUUGCGCGAUUUUGUUGUUGUAGAUGCAACAAAAUAGGCUUCAGUCUAAUGUUGCGGUUUUGCCACCAAUGCUCGUCAGUUGGCUGUGCAUGCAUUGCACGGCAUUUCACAGACAUUAAUGUUUUGCAACGACCGUAAAAGUAUCUGUAAUAUUCGGAUAUCCGUACAAGAAUAAUAAAAAAAACCCAUAUAGAUUUUCAAGUUGUCGUAUGUUCAGGACGAAACGCUCAGGUCUUGUGCGGCGACUCUGGAGAAGCCGUUUGAUCCCAGAUAAAGAGGGGGAAGAUGGAAAUGGCAAAACUAGUGAGGGCUGUAGGGACGAUCUGUUCGGCAACAACCCAGAGAAAAUUCCCAAAACGGAGCUCAGACCGAUGACCCCUAGCGGGUCUCUUGUAGGGGACAUAGGGGGUGUGUGCACCCGGAGCCCCGUGGAGAGCAGCGACUUGGGGGUCACGUCGGACCAAGAUGGGGGUGCGGUGUGCGCCCAGGAGCAGGGGAGCCCCCGCUCCGUACAGGACAGCGAAUGCAGGACAGUAACGUGCUGCUUAUUUAAAGACCGGGACCACUCCGAGCUUAGGGGUCCAGAGACGGCUCAGGGUACCAGGGAUCCGGGGUCGUGUCACUUCGUGCUGAGGAACCCCGGACCACGGGAUAGCGACUCUCCCGAGGCGCAGGAGGCGAUGCCACGCACGGUGUUAGAGCAAGAACUGAAAUCAGCCACAUAUUCUCUUUUAAAAAGGCUAAAGGAAAAGGCGCUGGAUACCUUACUAGAGGCAGUGGAGUCCAGAGGAGGGAUGCCGAGCGACUGUGUUAUGAUUUCCCGGACAGAGCUGAGGUUGGGCGGCCAUGUGGCAUCCCCACAGCUGCUUGUGUGUAAACUGUACCGCUGGUCCGACCUCCAGCACUCGGCCCAGCUCAAACCGCUCUGUGAGUGUAAGAGUUUUGGGGCCCUGGACAGUCCGACAGUAUGCUGCAACCCCUACCACUACAGCCGGCUCUGUGGGCCAGAGUCACCCCCACCUCCUUAUUCGAGGCUUUCCCCUAAUGAAGAACACAAGCCACUGGAUCUGUCAGACUCCACAUUGUCUUACACUGAAACUGAGGCAGCCAGCUCACCAAACAUCACACCAGGGGAAUUCUCAGAUGCCAGUAUGUCGCCUGAUGCCCCUAAGCAGAGCCACUGGUGUAACGUGGCGUACUGGGAGCACCGCACACGUGUAGGUCGCCUCUACACAGUGUACGAGCACUCCGUCAGCAUCUUCUAUGAUCUACCUCAGGGCACGGGUUUCUGCCUGGGCCAGCUCAACCUGGAACACCGCAGCAGCACCGUUCAGCGCACACGAGGCAAAAUCGGCUACGGCAUCCUCCUCAGCAAAGAGCCGGACGGUGUUUGGGCGUACAACCGCAGCGAACACCCCAUAUUUGUCAACUCCCCUACUCUGGACAUGCCUAACAGCAGAACUCUGGUGGUGCGGAAGGUGAUGCCAGGCUACUCCAUUAAGGUGUUUGACUAUGAGCGUUCGUGCCUCCUGAGGCACACCACAGAGGCUGACCUCCUGGACGGACCCUAUGACCCCAACAGUGUGCGCAUCAGUUUUGCUAAGGGCUGGGGCCCCUGCUACUCAAGACAGUUCAUCACCUCCUGCCCCUGCUGGCUGGAGAUCCUCCUCAACAACCAUAGAUAACACAGACGGACCCCACAAACUAUCCCAAAUAUCAUCUACCUAGAUUUAAUAUAAAGUUUUAUAUAUUAUAUGAAAUAUAUAUUAUACUUGUAAAUACGGAGUCAUUUUUACAAUGUAAUUAUUUAUGUAUGGUGCAAUGUGUAUAUGGACAGGAGGAAAAAAACGGAAAAUGCACUUUGGCUUAUAUAUAUUAUAUAUAUAAAUAUAUAUAAAGAUAAAGAAUCUUUCAAUACCAACUUGAGAAAUUAUACAGCAAAAUUAGGAUGAGCCUGGAUUUGGUGUAUAGUUUUCAUAUACUAUUAAUAUCCAGACAAAAAGCUAACACCAUUCACACAUUGAUAAUAAAGUAUUCGCAUAAUAA